UCAACAUUGACAUUGACAAUGUCAUGUAAAAUAACUAUAGAGUAGAGGUUAUUUAAUAUACAAGACAAGCAAGUUAAUGUAUAAAAGGGUGGAAUUCAGGAAUGAAGUUGUUAUAGAACAAAUAAAAUAAACUUAAUAAGAGGGACACGUAAAUAGUAUAAUGAAUUCCAUACGAAUAUUUAAGUCAGUACAUCGAUAUCAGUACGCAUUUCUUCAAACUGCAAAAUAUUCCGUGAAUAUCAAACUUCCACUUAAGUUUUCGGAAAAAGAAGCCAGGUGGAGAGAACUGGAUAACGUUUCUCAGAGAUGGCAAUUGAUUUACAAAGCUCCUAUGGAAAAGUGGCUUAAAUAUCUGACUAUGUAUCUCACAUUUUCUACUACUACGAUUGCAUGCGCUUCUGCCUACUAUGCGGCUUUUGUCUUUGAUGUAGAAACUAUGAACGACCCUGUGGUUAUUGGAAAAGACGUUAUAAUAGCUAAUAAUGCCAUGGAAUGUUGUACAUAUCUAGGAGCCUUUGUUUUAUUUCAUGUGGCAAUCAAAGUGUUAUUAUCUAAGUAUGUCUUAAGAUUGUACCAAGAUGGUGAUAAUUAUUUAGCUAUUUACAGCGGAAAUUUCUACAAUAUCAAGAAACAUCAAUUUCACUUAAAAGAGUUCAAGAAAUUGAAUCCUACUUUUGUAGUUACUUGGGGUGACGCACGAUUUGGUCUAGGCAAAAGACAUGGCAUACUUCUAGAGCAUUAUUUUAAAACGCCUCAACAUUUUAACUAUCUAUUGUAUAAAAAUAAUAAAAAUAAUCCAUAUAGUGAAGAUUAAAUAUAAAUUUUUGUAGUAUGUAAAUAAAUUAAAUUGUCCUCAAA